CUUCCAUCUUGCCCAACCCCCGUCGUGGACCCUCAACGUCCCCGCCAUGACCCCAAUGAUCUAUCGCCACCUCGGCAACUCAGGCCUCAAAGUCUCUGUUCUCUCGAUCGGUGGCUGGCUGACCUUUGGCGGCCACACCGAGAAAGAGACCGCACUUGAGUGCCUCAAGGCUGCAUACGACAACGGCAUAAACUUCUUUGACAAUGCUGAGGAAUACUCAGAUGGAAACUCGGAGCUGCUCUACGGCGAAGCCUUUCGCCGCUUUGGCUGGGACAGAACGACCUUUGUUGUGAGCACCAAGAUAUUCUGGGGCGGAAAGGGCGUCAACCAGCGCGGACUCUCCCGUAAGCACAUCGUCGAAGGCACAAAUGCUUCCCUGAAGCGUCUUGGAUUGGACUAUGUCGAUUUGAUCUAUGCGCAUCGCCCUGACGACUGCACUCCCAUGGAAGAAGUUGUACGCGCCUUCAACUGGGUCAUCUCACAGGGCAAAGCCUUCUAUUGGGGCACCUCGGAGUGGUCUGCCGAAGAGAUCGCCGACGCUCAUCGAGUGGCCGAAAAGCUUGGCUUGAUCGGACCCCUGAUGGAGCAGCCCGAGUACAACAUGUUCAAGCGGCAUCGGGUCGAAGUCGAGUACCAGAAUCUCUACCAAAAAUAUGGACUGGGCUUGACGGUCUACUCCCCCUUGGCUUGCGGUGUCCUCACCGGCAAGUACAACGACCUCAUCCUUCCACAAGGAUCUCGCUUGACGCUCGACGACGAAGUCAAAGAGGAGCGCUGGUUGUCGCAGGAAGGCCAAGCUAAUAUUCUCAAGGCCCGCAAACUCCAGGAGAUUGCCUUGAGACUCGGGGUACAGGUCUCCCACCUGGCCCUCGCCUGGUGCAUCAGCAACGCCAAUGUUUCUACAGCCAUCUUCGGUGCCAGCAAGGUUUCUCAGGUGCAUGACAACCUCAAGGCCCUCGAGGCCCUGCCUUUGCUCACCGCCGAAGUUGUGGCUGAGAUCGAGGAUGUCCUGGGCAAUAAGCCCAAAAGCCUCACAAGCUUCCGCUAAGCACCGCUGUGCGCCACUGCGCUCAUUCGGAGUGAGCGCACGCCUUGAUCAAUGGAUUCACGUUGAUUGGAGUCAUUCCAUCAGGUACUGCGGGGCUGGCUAUGUUACCAAACUUCAAAUAAAGCCGAGGUAUUCAGAAAGUCCCCAAAG